CUCUCUCUCUGUUGUUCCCCUAAACACAACCGUCCAAAUCAAACCCACGACCAGAGAAAGAAAAAAAAAAAAUGAUGAUCGGCGAACCUCACCGUUCGAAUCCGACCAUCCACGUCCCCCCGUGGCUCACCCUCGACGAUCCAACGGCCGAGAUGUACUCCCCCUACCCCCUGAGCGGCGUCUCCGUCAACUCUGACGUCACCAAUGCCAACAGCCCCUACCACCUCAACGAGGCUCUCGCCACUCUCCAGCGCUACUUGCCUUCCAACGAGGUUUCCGACCCGGACCCGGACUCCGACUCCGAGAUUUCGGGUAUGGACUCGGACUCUCCGGUCGACGCCUACUCGUGCGACCAUUUUCGGAUGUUUGAGUUCAAGGUCCGUCGCUGCGCACGUGGCAGGUCCCAUGACUGGACCGACUGCCCCUUCGCCCACCCGGGCGAGAAGGCCCGCCGCCGCGACCCGAGGAAGUACCACUAUUCGGGUUCCGCCUGCCCCGAUUUCCGAAAGGGCCACUGCAAGAAGGGAGACUCCUGCGAGUUCGCUCACGGCGUUUUCGAGUGCUGGCUCCACCCUGCGCGUUAUCGGACUCAGCCCUGUAAAGAUGGUACUAGCUGCAAGAGGAGAGUGUGCUUCUUCGCUCACACGCCGGAGCAGCUUAGGGUUUUGCCCCAGCAGAGUCCCCGAGGGUCAACCUCGGCCGAGUCGUACGACGGGUCGCCUCUGAGGCAGGCCAUGGAGGCGGCGUCGCUGGGGAAAGGUAUGCCGUUCAUGUCGUCGCCGCCGCCGUCGAUUUCGCCGGAUGAUUCGCCGCCGGUGUCUCCGAUGACCAGGUCGGUGAGCCGGUCUCUGGGUUCGAGCUCGAUUAAUGAAAUGGUGGCGUCGCUGAGGAACUUGCAGCUGGGGAAGGUCAAGUCUCUGCCCACUUCAUGGAAUGUUCAAGUCGGGUCGCCCGGGUUCGUUUCUCCACGCGGGUCGAUGCUCCGACCCGGGUUCUGUAGCCUGCCGUCGACUCCGACCCGGAUUCCGACCCGCUCUGCAAUUGGGUUUCUGGAUUUCUGUGACGAGGGUUGCGAGGAGGAGCCGCCGAUGGAGAGGGUGGAGUCUGGGAGGGACUUGAGGGCCAAGAUGUUCGAGAGGUUGAGGGAGGAGAAUUCUCUGGAGCGGGUCGACCCGACCCAGGCACAGGCUUCCGGUGCUCCGGAUGUUGGAUGGGUUUCUGAGCUGGUGAAUUGAGAAUGAGCCAAGUGGCGGCUCAUGUGGGUUGUUGGUGACAAGGAUUUUACUCUUUAUCAUGAUUCUAUUGUGGGUUCAUUUGGUGGCCUCUAAUUAUCCCUAUUUUGCUUCUAAUCGUUCUCAUUUUGUGAAUAGUUUCUGAAUCGGAGAGGUGGAAUUUGAUUUCGGAAGCAAAGUCAGUCUGAAGAUAUCAAGAUUAUGUGUAUAUAGUAAUGGAUGAAGAGUAGAAUCUGUCUUUUUGGAUCGUUUCGGAGAAGGUAGUAGAGCUCGGAGUUUAGAUUGGCAAGGAAAGAAAAGAAAUUGCCAUUUUGCUGUGUAUAUAAGAAGUUAAGAGCAGAGUGGACUGUGGAGUAUGAUUCCCCUCCCCUUUUGUUAAUUAUUGUGUUUAUCAUCAUCAUCAUCAUCAUCAUCGCUGCUAUUGCUCGCUUACUGAUCCCUACCAUUGUAAAAAUUUUAUGUCUAUUAUGUAAUGGUAGCUCUUCAUCCCAAUGGAACUAUUAAUGUAAUUUCAUAUUUAUAUCAAUGAUCAAUCUUCUUGUUUA